CAAGCCUCCCUACCUCCGAGGAACUGUCAGAAGGGUUUGAUAAGUAAGUACUUCUACUUAGAUACCUGCUCCACCUCCAUUACGGACUACAUCAUCUACAAGAUGCCGUCGCCUUGUUCGCGGCAUUUUUGUCGUGCCGGGCAACCACUCUCCUUACACGACCUGUUGCUCGUUCAUUUUUUCUACUCGUUUUUGUUCUUCGGCAGCUUCGACGCACUCACCCCUUGGAAGUCGCCCGUGUUCAUCUUCUCGGUGCCGUUCUUCGCCGCCGGCGCAGCUCAAGAAGAUGCCACUACACUAAGGCGCCGCAAGACUGGAGAUGAUGUCGUGCAGGAUCAUCUUAAUGCUGCAAGACGACUGGAGGCGGAAGCGCAAGUAGUUGCAGCAGGAGCAGCUGCACCCCCACUGAUGAACAUGUACAUGGCGGCACAACCCGCGACGAAGAACCCAUGCGAGCUCGCAGCUGACGCUGGACAGGAUGGAGCAGGUGGAAGUACGACAAUAUCCCCAGCCGCAAAGCAGGCCGGUGUGGAUUUGGACGAUUUGAAGAACCCAGAAGUCGAUGCUGGCGCGUGCAUAAUAUGAGAGUGCACAACUCCCCCUCCCCCUCAUUAGUAUUGCAUGAACAGCAAUACAAGCACCAGCACACGUGGCGCCUGUGCAUGACAAAUUCACGUGCCUAGUGUAGUAAUGUUUGGGCUUCGGGAAUCUGUGAUGCAAACAGUACCAAAGGGAGGCGCUUGGAUUUCGAGUUUUGCAUGACAAAUGAGGGGGAGGGGGACUUAUGCACUCUCAUACAUAAACGCCGCGUACUCCACGAUCUUCGACGAGGAGAGGCACGGCGGAAUAUCCCCUGAAAAUGAACCAUCCCCAUCCAAUUUCUCAUGCAAAACAUGAAGGAAAUUCUCUGUUUGUCAUGCAAAAAAUGGAUGGGGAUCAUGGUUAAUUUUCAGGAAAUAGGGAAACCGAAAUGCUGCUAGUCACCUCUGGGUGAGCUGGGCCACCGAAAGACUGCGGAACAAGGAGGUCGACUUCGAUCGGUGGCUGGACUUGAUGCGGAAUUUCUGUCCGGUGUCGGGUUCACCACUGGGCGGCGGCGGGAACGUGAUUAGAUGGAAUAGCGUACCACAAGAAAAAGUGUUAACGUUAACGGAAUUUGUCAUGCAGUAAUGCAUCAGAAAAGGUGCCCACAUUUGUAUUGCGUAGCAUGCAUGGAAGGCAAAAUUUGUAAUGCUUAGCUGCCAACUGUGAAAACCGUUAACACUCUUUUGCUUGAUAUAGCGGGCCCCAGGACCGACACCGCCUGCGGUCAGUCGCCAAAAGCGAUACAGUAUGAACUGCAAAUAAAGUAUCGUACUCGUGGCAAUCGCAUUUAUGCAUGCCAAAUCUCUUUUUCAAGGUAAAUCAGCAUGAAAAAUUCCAUUUGUCAUGCUGAGCAAAUUUGUAAUGCGCUUACUACAAGCUACGAUGCUUUUGCACUUCAUAUACAGACGGGCAGGCCAUUCCGCCGGGAGAAACGCACCACUGUUGCGUUCUAUGAAUUGCAAAAAUGUCUAGGUCUGGAAGAUUGCAGCUUGUCAUGGUAAAUCUGAAGCAUGCAAAAGUCUGUGUUGCAUGAGUUCCAAAAGCUGUCCACUUUUGACCAAGUUGGAACGGAGUUUCUCAUGCAGAAAAGGCAUGGCAGAGGCCUCGCAGAGUCUGCCAUGCUAAGUCCCGCAUUCCAGACCUCAUGGGUCAUGGAAAAUCUGCAUGACAAGUUGCAAUCUUCCAGACCCAGACAUUUUUACACUUGAUACGUUCCCUGCGUCUGCGAUAUGGACACGCACGUACGGGUGGAUACCUGGGUAUGGAAGCGUCAGGUUUGAAAUCGUCAAAGUUGAAAUAAUUUGUAAUGCAUAAAAUGCAUGACCCGCGGCACGUGUGUUGCAGAGCAGGCAAGUGAGGCCGAUUGUAAGCCUGUUUGGGGUUACAGCUCGAGCUGCUAAAGUAGCAUGAGAAAGUCGCCCUUCUUUGCCUAAACAGCAUGACAGAGUGGAUUUAGGGACCACCGAAAUUUGUCUUGCGCCACUUGGAAACUGGGUUCGUUCCAAGUGGCAUCCAUUUUAUGCAUCACAAAUCAUUUCCACUUUGAGGAUUUCCAUUCUGAGGGUGUCAUACUGGGUUCCGAAAGACAAAAACCAGCAAAGUCUGAUCCCGGCGGACUACAAGGGCGGGCAGGUGGAAGGAAUAUGCAUUGCAACAGUAUCGUACUGGUAGUAUGAAUCGCAUUACAAAUUUGCUCAACAUGACAAAUCAUGGAACUUGUCAUGCUAAACUACCUAAGAACAAGAAACCAGGCUUGUCAUGCUAGUUUGGCAUUUAAGUAUACGAAUACGAUACUUUUGCAGUGCAUAAGGAAAUCCCCUCGCGAAUUCGGAGUUGGUACUCUACGCAUUGGUGAUCCGGGACCCGUGCGCGGCGCAUUCGGAGCAGUCACACGCAAGGAAGAAGCUGCAUUGGCUCACUGGAGAUGGCGAAGAUGAUGAGAAGAGCGAGACGAGCAGUAGUACAACUGCAACUGGUAGUGGCACGACUUCUUCUUCGCAGAACAAUAAAAACCAUCGAAAGGCUACGGAAAAUAAAGUGGAAGAAAAACUGGACGUCAUGAUGGCAAUGGCAGGAACAUCAUCUUCAAAAAAGCAGUACAGCCCGGCUCCGGCGAUCCUCUGCGAAGACGAUGCGAAAAACCCGGGGAAGAAAGGUUUAGAACCAGAAAAGACGGAGAGGAGUGAAAACGGUUUUGUGGUCAUUGGCCUGUACUUCCCGACAAGUUCCUCUUCUUCUAACAAUGCUGCAGCUUCCUCCACAGGUACUAGUACUAGAGCCGACGGUGGUGCGGGACGAGUGGCGGAUGAUGCUUCAAGGACCGCAGACGAAGCUUCGAGUGUGGAGGAAUGUCAGCAGCGGCAAGCCGGGGGCUGUGCCACCAGCGGCAUGGGAGCCAUUUUCAUUCAGGCCGCCUGCCUCGGUUUUGCGCCUGACGCACAGAUUACCGCAACAAUCGCAGACGAUUUUUGGACCAUGCCGAAAGCACAAUGUGAAUCCAAUCUAGCCGACAAGUGUUUCGACAACAAGAAAGAGGGCCAAGACAGCGGCUCUCAAUUUCUGGAACUAGACCACAUGAAUCUGGCUAGCUACCACAUCGCUGGGAGGGCGCAUCUGGUAAAAAAAGGAGGAUAUUUUGUUUUAUUUCGCGUGAUGUCCUGCUGGAGGAGUGCUUCGACUUCACAUAUUACGGCACAAAAAUUGAAAUUCUGCCUUGCAUAUUGUAAGUACAUAAAUUAUGAAAAUCCGAUCAACCUACAAACACACGACGACCACCAGGUGUACCAAAGCACUCCUUCCCGUGCCACUGUCGUUCUUCGCGGAAAAUCUUCUACGCAAAGCAAGACACUCGUCGAAACACAACUCGCCCAAGCGUCGUCGUUGUUGCAGGACCGGACAUUGUUGAAAGAGCAUCGCGUACGGAAAGAACUUUCAGAAAAGAAGAUGGCGACCCGCUAUCCAGGGCGGAUUCGGACGAACAUACAGAAUUCCAACCCAGAGACGCCCGCCAGUGUGGUGAGAGGGGAGACGAAACUGGCGAAGGAACAUGAAAAUAAAUACGAGAAGGCGAUGACCACAGGGGGACCCCAAGCCGAAGCAAUAAACCAGCAAGACGCUCCUGCCGGAACAUCAAGUGGUGACAUCAAGGAAAACGAGUUUCUCCGAGGACGUAGAGGUUUGGCGAAGGACACAGUUCUUAGGAGUGGCUUCGACAUCAAACAAGAUGCCCGCCAUCACGACGACGACCUCCGUGUCCGUGCAGCGGAGUAUGAUGCAAAAGAAUACUAUGCGCAACCUGCCUCCACCUCAUCCAGCGACACCCGCAGCACCUUUUUCCACGGAGUGAAAACAAGCCUCCCCGCUUACUGGCUGCGGUUCCUGACGAGGUCCGGAAAUAAGAACAAGCAUGAAAACAACGAAGAGCACCAGAACAACAAACAGAGACAGAGAGCGACCUCUUCUGCCGAGGACAAAGUAGAUCUUCAUAGAACUUCCGCCUCUAUAUCGUAUCUCCACACCCUCGUCUACUCUCUCCCUACCGGCUGUGGGACGACGACCAAUUCGGGCGAAACUACAACUCUCGAGCAACAAGCUGCCUGUUUCGAGAAGUUCACAAAACAAACCCUGACACCGACCCUGAAGAACCAUUUAUUUCCAUCUGACGGAAAUAAAGUAGCGAAGGAAGCGCUGGAGAAGGUGUUUCUGCUGUUCGACGAAGGUGGAUCGUCUUCAGCAGGCGCUGGUGACCGUCGAGUAACUUUCCGCGUUUUGGAAUUAGACGAGGAAAUCAUGUUUGGGGAUGCAAGCAAAGAGUUAUGAAAUGCAAAUAUGUCUGGGUCUGGAAGCAUGGAACUUGUCAUGCUGUUUUUGGACUCUAAAAAAAUUUGUAUUGCAUGACCAGCAAGAGGGGCACAGUUUGUGCUACACGGACAGGUGCAUCAGGAAGCCCUCUAAAAGUCUGCGAUGCUAGGUCAUGCAUUACAGGCGUCAUGGGUCGUGAGAAAUAUGCAUGACUAAUCUUGUGCUUUUCUUCCAGACCGAGACACUUUUGCAAUUCAUAAGAGUUGUUCAUGAGCAACCUUUAUGUACAACCGGAAGGCAGCAGCACUAGUGGUCCCGGCGAUCCAGCUUUUUUUCCUCCAUCCAACACCGACGAUUCUUCCUCCGAAACCGAGAACACGUUCCUGUUGCUCUUCUUCAUCGUCGCAGCCGGGCUCGGCCUGUACGGGUUGCUACGGCGACGGAUGCUGAACAUCGGGAAGAUGAACGUGCGAAGAUCUACUUCAAGCGGGCAGUUGGCCGGGACUUCGAGCAGCGCAAAGUCUCCUUCCUGUGCUUCCAAAAGCAGUGGAGAAUCGAGCACUGCGCCCAUGGUCGUGCAGAUGAAGAAGACGAGGAGCAGCAGCGGUGCUGCUGGUCGAGGUGGAGCUGGUUCGACAAGUAGCACAGGCGCGUCCGUUAUUGGGCGUCGCGAGGAGUAGCAGGGGUUGAAGCGGGUGGAGUUGUGAAAUGAGGAUUGAGGCGCAGCAGCAAAUCAAAAACAGUGGAAGAUGAUGAAUAAACGAGAUCGAGAUAUUGAAAGAAAUGAUGCGUACCAAGUAUGAUCAUAAAUGAUCGCUCCCUAGUACUACUACAGCCUUGUUUUUAGUGGGGACCGAAAGUAGAAGAAGAUAUCGAGAAGCAUGUUGUUUGUGUUUGUAGAUUUUGGUCCUCGUCCAGGACACACAAGGCGACAAAACAAGGCCAACAGAUGAACGGCGGACACAGAAGUUUUAGCGCAAGCGAAGGGUGUAUGAAUGUUGUGGUCACGCGGCCAUGCAUGCGUCGCUGUUGUGCUCUUGUCACCGCGCAAGCGCAACAAAAUUGCAAUUUUUACUAGGUAAACAACGUAGUUUUGAUUUGAAAGCUGCCUUGGGAACAAGUAAGUAAGUAGAU